UUAUUACCUGCACAUUCAUUUCAUAACUGGUAUAUUUCUACAUCUCUUUAUUUUUUUCAUCUUUUAUAAAUAUAAUAUUGGCAUCUUAAGUCAUCCAUAACUAGUCAUAGUUGCUGAAUUAAUAGCAUUUUUUUUAAAUGGUAAAUUGAUUUAAAUGCAGAUUAUCAAUCGUUUAUUUUUGACCUGCCGACAUGCAGCUUGGAAGUCGUAGUUAAUUUCCAACUCGAAGUUUUGAUGCACACAGACUCGCACCUCUUGACUUUCCCUCAAAACCGGACACUGCAGCAACAUUGUUCCAUGAGAGUGUCGAAUAAGUGAAAUACUUUCCAACCAACAAGCAGCAAUCACAUCUCUCUGCACGCCUGUGUUUUCUCACCCCUGCUCCUGUAGUUUGGGGCCUCUUCCUCGACAUCUUAUUUUUGCAGAUGGAGUCACGACUCUGUGAUUGGACCGUGAGGAAAAGACAGGGGGCAGUGUCAUUCUUUCUGAAUACUUUCUUAAAUGUAAAACUUAAGGAUACAUUUGUGAAUUCCUAUCUGAUCCUAAAAUUGAACUUUCCAUUUCCACUGGGUGACUUAUUUCAAUAUUGAUGUUGAUAAAAGGCCAUCACAGAAAGUCAUUCCAAAAAUAACAUGACAUUUCGAUGUAUGAUUUCCAAAUUAAAAGGCCAUUGCCAUCUUGUAUGAGCUAUCCUCCAUCUGUUUUUAGAUAAGAAUAAAGACUCAUUUCACCCCAGGGUGGUAGGUGGUAGCAGGCCACCCCAAAUGGUCACUCAGAGAAUAUCAAGAAAUUCUGAUGUACAGUUUCAAAAUAAAACAGGGGCUGGCUUGACCGUGUUUUCCGAAGUGGAGGCUGGCUUGAUUGCAUUGUAAAGACGGUGUUGAAUGACACUGCCCCCUGUCUUUUCCUCACGGUCCAAUCACUUAAUGCUUUCGCGUUUCUAGUUACUUGAAGAACUGUUGCCAUGGAGCUUAUACCUCAACACUUCACAAAGUUUCCCCCCUGGAUGCUUCGCUGUGGACAGCAUAACAUUAUUGUAGGCUAUCUUACUCGGGAAAGUAACAGCUUGUGGUAAACAUUGUUUUAAAGCAAGGAAGUGUAUGAGAAGGGAUGCAGGUCCAGUCGGUGCCGCUCGGCUCUGUCACCAUCGGACCACAGUCUUGGAGCGAUGGGACGCUUCUCGCCGUCCGGCGGGCGGAGCGUCUGGUUCGGCAGACUCGUGCCGGGCGGUCGGAGAGCUACAGGCCUCAGAGCUGUAGCGCCUCCGCUGGUUUUAGCCCAAAGCGCGCAGACUGCACAACGGAAACAGAUAAGAUCACAGGGGAGGAAUGUGGACAGAGUCGUGACAGCGUCUGCAAAAAUAAGAUGUCGAGGACGAGGCCCCAAACUACAGGAGCAGGGUUCCCCAGUGGCUUCCAGAGAGCGCCCGUGGCCCCGUUCCCACCAACCAGCUUGCGUGAGCAGUGUGCGGGGGCCAGCGUUGCGGUGACUGGUGAGUACAUGCGCAGGGUGCGGGAGGUGGAGGGCCAGCUGCGCAGGCAGGCCGGCAGGGUGACACAGGAGGGCGUCAGGUUAGAGAGGGAGAGGGGUCACCUGGAUAGGAUGCUGCGCAGCCUCGGGGCCGACCUGACUGUCAACAGGAAGAGCUCGGAGGGGAGGACCAGGAGGCCAGCCACCACUGAGACUGAGAGAGACGGUGCUGAUUACUUGUUGUUGUGCGAGAGAAAAGAGCUGGCCCAGCUGAAACAUGAUCUGGAGGCAGCGCUGAGAGACACACUUACCCAGCUUCAGGCCCUGGGUCAGAGCAGCAGGCGGAUACUGGACUGUGCCAGUGAGAGGUCUCGUGUCCUGGAGCUCCUGCCUCUCAGCGGCUCUGCUGGAGGACAGGGCAGCACUGCUCAGAUAUUCAACAAAACAGACCCCGUCAGCCCCUUUACACCAGAAUGUAAACAGGUUUUAGAGUCGUCAACUUUGACAGUCAAACAGUCACGGGUACUGAGGGAAAACAUCAGACAGAUGCUCAGCAGCGCCAUCACCAGGCAGAAAGCUGUUCACCGCACCGUCAAUGAUGUCCUGGUGAAGAAAAUUGCCGAGACAAUCAGUCUAGAGCAAAACCUGACUUUGAUGUGUGCAGCCACCAGGCAGGCUGUCUUUCGAAAGCAGAGGGAAAUUAACUGUAUCCGUCAGAGCCACGGCAGAGUGCAGGGUCCAGAGUACAGCGGUGACAUCCUGUCCAGAGAGAAACUCAACAGGCCUCUGGUGCAGGUUUAUCACAGACACCCAGGGACACAGUUACCCGAGGCUGCUCAUCUCAUACAGGGCAGUGCAGUGCUGAGGCAAUGUCUGCAGUCCUCUGAGAGUGAGCUGGCCCGGCUGCAGCGCACCUGUCUGCACCUGCUGGACGACCAGCACCGCAAAAGAGUAGCAGCUCAGGUGGACGCAGCCGUCAUCCGCAUGAGGCGUCAGCUGGUCGACAAGCGAGCGAUGCCUUCUGCCCUCCAACAGGGGGCGUGCAUAAACCAACCUGCUAUGUUUCAGUAGGGCUGCAGCAGACAGUAGAGAGAGUUAAUGCUUUGAGUGUGUAAGAAGUAGGGAGCAGCCAUGGUGAAAAAUGUAAGACUAAUAGCAUGGGCAACACGUUGGGAUACACAUGGGAUAGAAGUUUAUGAUAACUGUCACAAAGUCUUGUAUAAUUGUGUUCAAAGCUGCUAUGGUCCCCCCCUGCAUGCAAAAGUUCAGUUUAUCAGAAAUGUUUUUGUAUUGUGUGGCAGAGUUGAACUGGCCCACACACACAGAGCCCGGACUUCAACCCCAUUCACCACCUUUGAGAUAAACUGGAAGGUUAAACACAGGCCUGUUUUGGACUUCACUGAUGUGGCUGAAUGGGAGGAAAUUCCUGCAUCCAGGUUCCAAAAUCUUGAGGAACGCCUUCUCAGAAUUUGGACUGUAUUAUAGCAGCAGAUUAAUGGCCAUAACUUGAGGAAUAAUUCAUUAACCACCUUAUGUGUGUGUUAGUCUCAGGAAUAAUUGUGGUCAUGAGUGCAUGAUCCCACACUGAGAUAGACAUUUUACGUUUUUUCCUUGCUGCAACAAUGUUAAAACACUGACAUUAGAUACAUAAAUAAAAAAAGGGUAACAAGGAACAAAACAAUGUGUGAGACUCUUCAGUUGACAAUGAUACCAUUUGUCCCAAGCCAAGCCAAAUGCAGUGGAGUAUAAAAUCACCUCUCACAAUAAUGCAGGGCUUAGAAAACAGGGAUUGCCUUUUGCCCAGGGGACGUAAGAUGCCAAAUCAGGCCGGUAAAUCUUGAAACUCACUUACCCAUGUUGGAGGUAAGGGAGGUGUGGACCAUCUCGCUU